CAACAUUUCCUUCCUGACACUGACAGCAGUCAACAUGUUGUUGAUUUUAUUUUAUCAAUAAAAACCGUCAAAACUUGGAGUUUGAGUCGUCUAGGAGGACAACACAUCGUGACGAGCUGCCCCCCCCCCUCCAUCGCUCCCGCACUGCAUCAGCAUCGGCCGACCUCACGCGUGGACAUGAAUGGAAGGAGAGCGACAGACUGACGCGAUGGGAGUUCCGACGAGAGUGUGGCGCCCCCUGGCCCACUUCCAGGAGCACUUGGAUUACCGAUAUGCACUGAUCGUUCUCAGUAACCCGGCGCGUGGAAUCAAGUCAUGGUUCAACGAGCUGUGGACGAAAGCCUCCUUCACGUCGUGCGUGGACGGUGGCGCCAACGCUCUGUACGACCACAACGUGGGAACGAACAGUAUAAAGCUGAUGCCAGACCUUGUGUCGGGCGACUUUGACUCCAUCCGGCCGGACGUCCGGGAGUUCUACCAGCGAUCCGGCGUGGAGGUGAUCGAGACGCCGGACCAGAAUGAGACGGACUUCACGAAGAAUCUGCGUCUUGUCGCGAGUCGACUACAGAAGCUCGACGGACGCGUAUCGUCGUGUGUCACCACGUCGGGGUUGGACCACGCCCACGCCGACCACUGCUUCGCGCAUCACUCAUAUACUUCUCUCUCUCUUCCUCCCUUCGCCGCAGCGAUGGACAGGACUCUCCACCACUUACCUCGAUGGGAGAACAGAUCGUCGCUUGUGCCUGCGUGCCAAGCUUUGUGA